AUGUCUUCCUCUUCGAAUGAACAGCGCGCAGCAUUUCGUUCAACCGCAAUCGUUACUGGUUUCGAUGGCAAACUUGAAUGUGUGACCCAUUAUUCAUCCCGUGUCGUUGUAGGUUCGAAAGAUGGUCGCAUUGUUAUGUAUGACACACGAAAAGGUACUUCGACGUCUACAGCUUCGUAUACGUUUCCACAUGGUAAACGAAUCGAACAAUUACUGGCCGUUCCUCAUAUACGAAUGCUUAUUGUUGUAUCAAAUGGAGAAAUCUCUGCUCAUGGCGCUACAGACCUUAAACCACUGGACUUUGACUUCUCCAAAGCCAACCCACAUCAAGUUCGUCUCGUAUGUGUGAAUCAACGUGGACCACCUCAUUUUCGUCUGGGGGUGGGGUUACUUAAACGAAAAGCUAUUGUAAUUUAUCAAUACCAUAGCAGUGAUAAAAGUUAUACUUUUUUACGGGAAUUUAGUACACAAGAUGUACCUGAAGCUAUGAGUUGGUAUCGGAACAAAGUCGUGGUUGGAUAUCGGAAAAAUUAUUAUCUACUGAAUGACAAAUUGGGAGAAGCGACACCGAUCAAUACACCUGGAAUUCAAGACGCAACCGUUUUUCCAGUUGUGAAAUUACUGCCCAAGGAAGAAAUUCUAGUUGCUGUGAUGGAUCGAGUAGGAGUGUUUGUCGGGUUUACUGGAGACACAGUGGCCAAGAACUCAAUCACAUGGUCUCAGAGUCCACAACAAGUGGAGUUUUCAUCUUCCUACUUGAUGGCACUGGUGCCGAGAGUUGGGGUAGAGAUCCAUCGAGCCAAUGAUGGAACCUUGGUCCAGACUAUGCCAUUGACUCGAGCAGUGUGUAUGUUUGCGAAUGGAAUGAAGUGGGAUAUGGAACCGAGACCAAGUGGGGAUAGUGAAGAUAUCGUGCUUGUCGGUGUGAGAGAAAUGAAUGGAACGUCGAGUGUGAUGAAGAUCGAACCGAUGCCACUUGAUCAACAAGUUGGAGAGCUCUUGGACCGUGGACAGAUUGAAGAGGCACAAAGCUUGGUUCGCAAGUCUAUUUCGGCCUUGUCGAGUGAUAAGCAGCGCAGCAAGAUCAAACGAUUCCAGCGCCAGGCUACAGUCGCACUAUUGCGUCGCUUGGAGUUUGACAGUGCUGCAGAUUACAUGUACCGUGCUGCUAUAGAACCAUGUGAGUUCAUCGCCUUUUUUCCAGAGCUUCAGUGCACCUCGUUUGCAUAUGAACCUUCCAUUUUCAAGCCUGAGGUGCUUCCGCGGGGCAGCAGCUCUGCACCUGAUAUUACAUCGGUUAUCCAGGAACUACUAUCAACCCCGCGUGCUCCUUUGAACAGUGAAAUUGCCUCAAGUGAUGCGGCAGAUCUCGUCAGUGCUGCGCAAAAAGCACUUCUCAAGUUUCUCAACCAACACAAGAAACAUAUGCGGGAUAAGGCUCGUGCCCGCACGCACCCGACGUCAUCGUCAAGAAGCCGUUCUGCGUCAUCCGGAAAUCCCAAGGAUGCGCGUCGCGUCGAAGCCAUUGACACUGCGCUCUUUCGUCUUUAUAUUCACUAUAAGAGGUACAAGGAAUUGCUUGUUCUUAUUCAAGAGCCUAAUCCGGAUGUGGAGAGCCCGUCCGGAUCUCCUGGAGGAUGUGCCCUUGAAUUGGAAGCAUCGCAGUCGCUGCUGACGAAACACAAACUUUACUACGAGGCUGGUCAGCUGCUGUGUGCUCACGAAAAGUACGACGAGGCCCUAGAGAUUUUUGCUCUGUUGCACCACGGCGAGUACAAGCAACGUGGUGGCUCAAGCGGUAUGCCAAAAUCUCCGAUCGAAGCAGCAAUCGAUGUACUGGUGAUGGUGCCAGAGUCAGAAAGUGAAUUUAUCUUUAAGCAGUCGAUUUGGAUUAUUAAGGCCACAUCUGCCAAGCUAGCUUUGCGCAUUUUCACUGACCGUCGGCCACCUUUACCAUCGAACGAUGUGGUUGCACAUUUGCGAGAGCAUUCAAAUGACCCCGCUAUUGUUCAACGGUACCUUGAGACCCUCGUCAAGGCGACUGGUGAGACUGGUGCGACAGCUGCCGUAGGCGACAGCGGAAGCGCAAAAGAGGGAAGUAGCCGAGGUUUCACUGCAUUUGCUGACCAAGAUGCUGCAGAGCUGCGGGUUAAUGACAGUUAUAGUCACUUCUUAGCUGGCGACAAUGAUGAUGACGACGAGCCCACGCGUGGGACAGAUGGUGGCGCGGUAUCAGUUGUUGUUGAUCCACAUCACACCCGCUUGGCGCUGGAGUAUCUGGAUGAAACCCUGCGACUGGUUGCCAAGGGAGAGGUACCGUCAAAAUCUCAACCAGGUAAAGAGCCUGGCGCGUUGGGUGAUGCACGCAAGCGGCUGCUUAAAUUCCUCAAAUCUGGAUCUUCACGCUAUGACGUGACUCCGCUAGUCGAGAAGAUUAAGGGCAAGCCGCUGUACAAUGAGUUUGUGAUUCUUUGUGGCCGAGGUGCACUGCAUGAGGAAGCCAUUACCUCGCUAGUUUACGAGUUAAACGACUUGCGUGGUGCCGAGAGCUAUUCUGUCAAAUACGGAGCGCGUGCUCUGUCGGCUGGAUCAUCAUCAUCUACCAACCAACACGUUGGAGCUGGUGCGGCAAUGGAGCGCAACGAGGCCCUGAUGAAGCUGUUGACAAUUUGCUUCUCCCCUCGUGAUGAGUCCAAAAAAGCCGCGUUUAACGACUUCGGCUUUCAACUGCUCGCGCGUCACGGCAAAAGCCUGGAUAGCGCUGCAGUGCUGGAGGUGGUGCCACCAAGCACACCAUUGUCAAAGCUGGGUGAAUUUUUCGCGCAGGCGUUACCACAUAGUGCCCACAAUGUGCGCGAGAUGAGCAUCACCAAGUCGUUGUCGAACGUCUACAACUUGCAAGUCCAAUGCGACCGUGUCGAGCGUCUGACCCAAAGUGUACAGGUUGACCCGAAUACGCUUUGCCCUGUGUGUCGCAAGCGUAUCGGCGACAUUGUGUUCGCUGUCUACCCAAAUGGAAAGGUCGUGCAUUACAAUUGCACCAACAGCAAUCUCCAGCUUUGCCCCGUAACGGGCGAGCGCUUUUCCUAA